AGCGUCAGAUUCACCGCGACGCCUAAGAAAUCCUCCGCGCCGCGCUCGCAUCGCCAGCGUGCAUUGGUCUCGCGCGUGCUCGAGGAUCUGCUUCAGACGGUUCACAUGACACCAAGCUCCCACGUUCAGUCAAAUGCGCCCGAUUAUAAGGAAGGAAACGUGCGCUCUGCUUAAAAAUGGGUGCGCGCAAUGUUCGUAACGUCGCGUCUCCUCGCGUCUCCAUCAGUAACCAAUGCAGAUCCAUCUGGUCCCACUGCAUCAGCUGCCACGAUGGGGCUUGUGUGGACGUCACCGGUUUUUUUCUUUCCUCACCUUCCCCUUCUCGUUUUUUUUUUGUUCCACCAGAGCAUCUCUCUCCUUCUGCUCUCCCUCUUUCUACGCCGCCCACUCCUUCCCAACCAUUGAUCCGACCACUCACCGCCGCCUCGCCGGCUUCUUCGCCUCAUUACAUCGCCUGCUGCGCUUUUCGGCAUCAUUUUAAAGGGAAGGAGCGGCACAUUUUGGACGCUGUAACGUUAAAAAAAAGAAGGGCGGACGCGACACGAGCGGCACCAUGGCGAGCACCGAGGAUAAAGCGGCCAACAAGGAGAACGUGUCCAGCUGGAAGGACUCCAUCUACAACCCGAGGACCGGGGAGCUGAUGGGGCGCACGGCCAGCAGCUGGGCCCUCAUCCUGCUCUUCUACCUGGUCUUCUACUGCUUCCUGGCCGGCAUGUUCGCCCUGACCACGUGGGUGAUGCUGCUCACGCUGGACGACUACGUGCCGCGCUACCGGGACCGCGUUCCCUAUCCAGGCCUGGUGAUUCGUCCAAACCUACCGUACAUAGCAUUCAACAGAUCGGACCCACACAAAUACUCCGACUACGUCAAGGUCAUGGAGGACUUCCUCGAAAAAUACAACGACGGGGCGCAGGAGCAGAGCGAGGAGUGCACCCAGGGGGUGUACUUCGAGCAGGACAACACCGAGGAGAUGACCAAGAAGGUGUGUCGCUUCAGGCGGGACAGCCUCAACUCCUGCUCCGGCCUCGUGGACACCACCUUCGGCUUCGCCGAGGGCAAGCCCUGCAUCCUGUUGAAAAUGAACAGGAUCAUCGGCCUGAAGCCCCGUGGGGAUCCCUACAUCAACUGCACAACAAAAAAUAAAGACGCUCAGGUUCCAAUAAUGUACUACCCCGGAGAGGGCCGCUUCGACAAGAUGUACUUCCCCUACUACGGCAAGAAGGCCCAGGAGAACUACUUGCAGCCCGUGGUGGCUGUGAAGCUGAUGCUCCUCAAGGAGGACUACAACAAGGAGUGGGUGGUGGAGUGCAGGGUAGAAGGCUCCGACCUGCGCAACAACGACGAGAGGGAUAAGUACCUGGGCCGUGUCACCUUCAGGGUCCUGGCGUCAGAGUAGGAAAGGGGAGAACGGAUGGUAAAAGGAAACCCGAUGCAGAGGCUGCCCACGUCUGCUAAGGAUUAGUGUUUAAAAAUUUUUGAAAAAAGGAAGGAAGUGUCAAAUACGUCACAAAGACAGCAUUAUGGGAUGUGGCCAAGCCUUUUGAUGCUGAUUAGCUCGGCUCCCAGUAGGAGAGCUGGUUCCAGAUAUUGGAUGUUGCUUUGGUGACCUCUCUGACCCUUCUUUCCUUUCCUUUAUGAUUCCUUGCUGACAUCCUAGAAGACCCCCAGAACAACACCCAGGCUCUGCUCCUGACCCCCCCCCCAUUCUCCUCUUGCACUGCUCAGUCUUCAGUUAUUUAUUUUUUAGUAUUGAUGUGAUUAGAUAACUUAUAGCCAUUGCAACCAAGCCAUUUGGAGGUGUUGUGUAAUUGCUGUUACCGAUUUUUAAAAUGUUUUUUUUACAUCCACCUGCCGUGAGGAAGUGUCGUUUCCAUCUCUUCAUACUGUGUGAAUGGCAGUGAUACCGCUGACGUUGAGAGGAUUUUUAUCUCGCUGUGUAAUAUAACUGAGAAAGUAGAACCAACAUUUCCAACACGUCUGCAGAGUGUUGUCACAUCGCAAAGACUUCAUAGAAACAUAUCUUGAUAAUCAAGUAUAGCUACUAUAUCCCUGUAUAUGAAAUGCCAAUUACAAAGUCCCUUUCUACAUAUAAAUACAUUGUGCUACUUACCAUAUUUAGGGAACUAUAGAUAGAUCUUUGUGUUGUGGUCUGCGCAGCCACAACCGAGUCUUGUGCUGUCCGUCUGUCUGCAUGUGCGUCUGUCCACUCAUCUUACUGUUUACUCAUCUCGCCACUGCAAUAGCCAACGUGUGAGUGAGCUCUCGAGGACCAGAUACGUCGCCUUGCUCCACCGGCGCCGCGCGGCAGCCGGCGCCGGUGGCAAUGGCGGCGCGCGGAAGGUACAGUGUCAAUUGUGCUUUUAAGGCGAAGGGGCGCUGGAGAAAGCGUUGCAAAAAUAAAAAUGUUCACUGUAACUAUGUACUGUACUCUAUCUUGAUGUAUAUCUAUCUGGGUCUCAAAGAUUGUUUGAUAGUUUUCUCUAUUCUUCAGCCUGUUGAUCUGAUUGUCUGCCAAUCUAUUACUCUUCAAUGUAUAUAUAUAUACACACUUAUCUACCAUAUUUACUUAAUUCACACUGUAUUUUUGUCACAAAACACAAUGUCUGUGCACUGUAAAGAAAGAAUUUAAGCAAAGAUUUACAGGAAAUUAUCUUAUUCAAAGCUAUGUUUACACAGUCUUGAAAGGAACCCACAUUUGAAAGAACAACGUGUAACAUCUCUUCAGGGUGCCUUAAGACCUGAUGAUGAAAAUAAAUUGUGGAAUAAAAGUGAUUUUGAAGAAACAAAA